GGAGAAGCAGCAGCCAUGAACACUCAACAGAUGGAGCAGAUGGGCCAGUUCAAGAUCACAGUCUGGGAGGAGGAGAACUUCCAGGGAAAGCGCUGUGAGUUCAUGCUGGAGUGCCAGAACAUCAUGGAGAGGGGCUUCAACAAGAUCCGCUCCAUCAAGGUUGAGAAUGGACCUUGGGUGGGUUAUGAGUACCCAGAGUUCCAGGGACAGCAGUUUAUCCUGGAGAAGGGAGACUACCCUCGCUACGAGGCCUGGAGUGGAAACAGCAGCUACAGAACCGAGCACAUGCUUUCCUUCAGACCCAUCAAGUGCGCUAACCACAGUGACAGCAAGGUGACCCUGUACGAGUGUGAGGACUUCCAGGGCCGUAAGUUUGAGAUGUGCGAUGACUACCCCUCCCUACAGGCCAUGGGCUGGUGCAGCAAGGAGGUGCCCUCUAUCAAAGUCAACUCGGGAGCCUGGGUGGCCUACCAGUUCCCUGGUUACCGUGGCUACCAGUACAUCCUGGAGAGAGACAGACACCAAGGCGAGUACAGAAACUACAAUGAGUACAGCACCCAGGCUCACACCAACCAGGUGCAGUCCAUUCGUAGGAUCCAGCACUAAGCCUUCACUCUGCCUGCCCGACCCCACCUGAAAAAAAAAAAAACUCUCCCCGAACCCCUUCCUCAACUUGAACCCUGGACAGACCGCUGUCACAGAACAGUAGAUGGACAAACUCUUUCUAUCACUC